AUGAAGGGGAGCUUACUCAUUGUUUCUGUCGCACUGUUAACGUCUUCCUUUUGCUUCCUCGUUAAGGAGAAGAGUGGUUUAUUAGGGUUCACGAGGGGCAACUGCAUCUGGGGCAGAGAAGUUAAGGGUCGGGGUGUUGGGAGGAAGUUCGUAACCAGAUGGAGGGAAGAUUACGUGUGUGACAAUGGGGGGACGCUCCAACAGGGAGCCAUACAUACGGACAACAGCUCGAAUGACCUUAUGCAGGGUGACUCCCUAGGUCAGGUACUCUCCAGAGAGGAAAAAACUCCCCAUCCGAAAAGAAGAAAAUUUCUAAAUGCGCAAAAGGAAGACGAUUACUACCACCUCUAUCUAUACCAUAUAUACAAAAAGGUAAAACUUAUUAAGAAACAAAAGUAUCUAUAUAAUCCUUCCAAAUACGAAUCGGUAAGGUCCUACAUCAAGCGAGAGUUGAAAGAGUGCCUAGACGUGAACACCGCUGCGUACCUCUUCAAAGCAACCGAGUAUUACGCGAAAGGUGUAUUGGAAGUCUCUGUGUACGUCAGCGAGGUGGUGAACCUACUCAGCUUCUUCACCUUUAACGAUAAGUGCAACGAGGAGGCUGACCAGGGGGAUGACCAGCAGGCAAAGGAGGGGGCUGACGAGCAGGGAAAGGGGGGGUCUGACGAGCAGGCUGUAGUGGAUAACGACGCGGAGCAGAUCCUCAAGGGGAGUGGCAACAGCGGCAACACCGGGAAGAGAAAAAUAACCAAGCUGCUGCAGAAAGAUGAGAAGUACAAAUCCUUCUGCCUGUACUUCACCCGGCUAGUCGACUCGGUGAGCGGCCUCUUCUGCUGCAUGGGAAAAAGAAGCAAGCGAGAAGAAAUUCUGACCUACCUGAAAAAGUCUAACUUGACGGAGAAGUGGCAGAACUACAGUUUGAGUGACCUAAAUCUGGAUACCCAUUUUAUGAUAUAUGUAAUUAGACUGAUCAGAUACAAGGAUGCCAAUUACCUGUGCUCGUUGAGACGGUUGAAAGAGUACACAGCGGAGCAGGUAAAAGAGAUCUUCCUCAACUGCAUGCGAGACGGCUUGCUUGACUUGGACUAUUUGACGAUUCUGCAGUCGGAGUACUUGGCCCGAAAAAACAGCAGUGGUGAAAUGGCCAGUCGCAUCUUUGCUCCGUCAAGCGAGGGUGACGGCGUCCGCGGGAGGGAAACCCAAAUCAGGUACGAGCAUCUGCGGAAGUUAGAGCAGAACUAUGAGGCACUCCUUAAGAAGUACACCGACAAACAGAAGGAGAAGAAAAGCGGGAAGCUCGGCGACGAUCAGCUGAAAGGCAUCAUUAACGAAAUUUUGGACAAAGAUGUAUUUAUUCAUAAGGAAGACUCGGACAAGCAAGCCAAGAAAAAAAAAAAAAAAAAAAAAAAAAAAAAAAAUGUCCUCCAAAUCGGGGAAAGCCUAAUCCGCAUGGAUAUGCACGAAGUGGAGGAAGAGCGCCUACAGGAGGUAAUAAAAAAGUGGUGUGGACCCGGCACGAUGAACCUGAAGAAUUGUAGCAACCUAGUCAAGCGCAUGAACAGGCUCCUCGAUUCGCACGACGUCAAUGUGGUCAUUCGUUUGAGGCCGUGUAGGGAGAAUGGCCUUACCCACGAAGGAACCCAGAAGGACGGCGCUAACCGAAGCCACACAUCAGAAGAAAUCCCUCAGAUGAGUGACACCACGGAAGACGGCAUUACAGUCAGGGACAUACGAAGUAGCACAGACGUACGAAGUAGCAGGGGGAGCGAAGCAGAAUACGUUGACAAAAAAGUGGACUUGUCCGAUUUCUCCCUCUCAAAUUUGAAAAAGUACAUAACGUACAGAAAGGCACUCGAACGGAAAAAAAUGAAUCAAGGGAAUAUAGCGAAGAGGGAAGAUAGUGGAGAGAAAAGCAGCCAGGCAAACCCGCAGGGGUUGUCCAAGAUCGACCAGGACGUUCUCAAAUACUUCGACGUGACGCAAAAACAAGAUUCGGUCCUCUUUGAAAUUAACGAUUUUAUUUUGGAGAAGGAGAUUUCUUCGGCACAUUUCCGGCAGGAGGGCCAGCCCGUCGUGGAUGCCUUACCGGGGGAAGUAGGAAGGGAGGUUCAUGAAGGGGUGGGAGACGUUGAAGAGACCGAUCCAGAGGCUGGUGAGGAGGUGGAAGAAGAUUUCAGGGAAGAAUUAGGGGAAGAGUUGGGAGACGAUGGUGCACAGCUUGGUGACGAUCUGGGAGACGAUUCUGGGGAAGACCUCUUCGGAGGAGACAACUUCGGAGGAGACAACUUCGAAGGAGACAACUUCGGAGGAGACAACUUCGAGGGAGACAACUUCGGAGGCGAGUUGACGGAGGAUGAAACGCCCCCUAGAGGAAAGAAGACAAAAAUCAACAAGAAGAACAACGGCGCAGCGGAGAAGCUCCGAAUCCAACUGCACACACGGGGUAGUACCAAGAGUAAACACAAGUUUGAAAAUCUGUUCCCAAAAAACUUUGAAGAGAAAAUGGAGCUUCUGAUGGUUAUACUAAAAGAGGAGGAUAAAAAUAAGAGGCGGGUGAUCGUGUGUGCGGACGAGGAGGAGAGGAAUAUGAUUCGGAUGAAGUGUGCAGUGGAGGGAUUAGAAUAUGAACAAAUUGUUAGCGCGGUAAAGAAUAUAAAGAGGUACUUGGAGAAGGGGGGUAACUUCCGCAGUGUAUGCUUCGUUUUGAUGGACGAGCUGGCGAGCACACUGGAGCUGCGCAAGGUGUGCGGCGGGUUGUCCGAGCGGGGGGACAGGAUCAGCGGGGAGAGAAGCGGCGAACGGAGCGACGAAAGAAGCGGUGGCGAAGUUGGCAGGGGUCACGUACACGGCGAUCAUGGCAGCCCCACCGACCGAGACAGCCAGGGAAGCGCACAGAGCGACGUGACCAUUUACCACUUUGCCGAACAAGCCCCGAAGGCAGUGGCUCUGAAGAAGCUCUUCCACUCGAUUGUUAACGAGGAAGACAAUAUGAUGCUUUAUAUGAUGUCUAAGAAACGCGGGAGAGAUAGAAGCCGCGAAACGACCAGAGAGGGGAAGAAAAGCAACCUGACGGGAAAAACAAAUCACAGCGACGUCUUCGUCCCCUACCGGAAAAGAGUUCGCAAGAAGAAGCUCUCCAAGAGCGAGGAGAAGUGGUUGGCCUUCAGAAGAAGGACGCUGAAAAAAAUCGACGAGAUGAAGCAGAAGGCGCAUCUAAUGAAGAUCCGGAAAAUGAAAAAACGGGAUCAAAAGGUCCAAAGGGUCGUUACAAAGUUGAAGUCGCAGUCGAAGUUGAAGUCCAAGUUGACGUCCAAGUCGAAGGCGAGCAAAGUGGGAGCAGAAAAAAAGUAA